UUUAAUAAAAGCAUGACAACAAUCACAACUUCAACUUCAUCACAAUUACAACAACAACCAACAAUGGGAAUACAACCAAAUGAUCCUAAAAAACUUGUUGAUUAUUUAAUGAGUGAUUUUCGUUCACUGUCUAUGGAUGCAAAAAAGAAACAUAAUCAUGUGAAAGAGGCGGCGGAGUCUGGUUUAGUUAAAAUUCGUAAUAUUAGCGCUGCAUGUGAAUCGCACCAGGAUUCUGAUUUAAUACAAGCUUUACGAAUUUCCUGUACAGAAUUAUUGCAUCCAUUUCUUUUGGGUUGUUCAAGUAAAAAUCCGCGGCUUGUUCAGAUUUCGCUACAAGCUAUUCAAAGGUUAAUUCAUAACAGAGUUAUUGAAGCAAAUGUAGUGCCGGCUAUAGUUAAUGAACUAUGGAUUUUAACUGAGGCUGAAUGCGAAGAAUUGAAAGUUAUUCAAACAAUAACUCCAUUUGUUGGCACAGAACUGUUUGUCAAUAAUUGGGCAUUGGCCAAAUGCAUUGUGCUUACCUUCCGACUAAAUGCCUCAAAAGAUUCAUUAGUCAUUAAUGCUGCCUCGGCAGCCGUUCGCCAACUUUUUAGUUGUGUUUUUGAAAGAGUUAUUAAAGAGGAUGAAACUCCUGAAAUUCAGCAACAACAACAAACACCCCCUAAUCAACAACAACAAACACUAGCACCCCCAUCUCUUAGGCCAGCUGCAGCAGAUGCUUUUCUUUUACUGAGAGAUUUGUGUGCUUUAAUAAGGCGAGAACAACCAAAUUGGCUUAUUGGAUUGCAAAGAAUUGCGCCUAUAUUAGGAUUGGAACUGUUAGAAUCUGUGAUAAAGAAUUAUCCAAGCAUCUUUUUAAAACACCAAGAAUUUGCUGAAUUACUUAAAACACAAAUAAGUGCACAAAUAGCUGCGAAAAUGUUGCAUGUUGGAGAGAGAGAAUUUGCAAUGUUGGCAGUUGCGGCAGCAAAUGCGACACAGGCUAAUAAUGUGGAUAAUCAAAACAAACCUUUGGCUGUCUCUGCAGCAUUAUUAAAUCAACAAUUACAACAACAAUCUUCACAUUUAACUUCACAAAUGGCUAAAUCUGCAGCUUCUUCCUCUUCUACGGGUCGAGAUUUUCCAAUUGUUAUUAGAUCAUUACGUAUUUCUUUGGCAUUGGUUACAAAUUAUCAUUCUUUAUUGGGUGCUCAAUCUGAAGCAAUUAUUCACUUUUUAAUAGAGCUUCUAGCACAACAUCCAAGUACUUCAUGGGAGGCAGCUGUAGCAAUUGAAGUUUUACAUAAAAUGUUGUCACAGCCAAAAUUGCUUAGUUGGUUAUGUACUAGACCAGAUGGAGCCAAAUUUUUGGAAGCAAUUGUAUUUUCUCGUUUGUUCGCUUUUAUCAAAAAAUGUUUAGAUGAAGCUGCAAUUGACGGUUCUACAAUGAGAGAUGGAGAAAAUAAUGCCCAACCUGGUUUUGUCUAUAAAGGUAAAAAUAAACUGUUUUUCAAUUUAAUGAAAGGUGUUUUUCUUCUAGGUGUAUUUCUUCCACUCGGUGAUCGUCAUCCUUCGUCAAAACGUUUAAUCCUUCUAGAUUGGUUGGAUAAACACAAUGCAGAGAAAAUACCAGAAGCUUAUUGCCUUUCAUUAACCUAUGCAACCUUUUGUGUUGCUUCACGUUCUUUACAUUCAGCAAUUGAAGAAGACUUUCAAAAUCAUCAAAAAGAUUCUUUUGAAUAUUCCGAAUUCGCAAAAGAAUUGUAUAAUUCUUCAUAUCAUUUUUUGGUUGCUGGAUUAUCUACUUUGCUUGAUUGCAGUGUGGAUGAUUCACUUAAUGAACAACUUCUUAAUUGUAUUUGCUCGUUGGCAAUAUUAGCUUUACGGCUACAACUUCCUAAACCUAGACGUGAAGUAUUAAAAGCUAUUUGCCGAGCUACUCUUCCUUUUCAAUAUUACAAUAAAUUUAUUGACUCUAUUAAAGCUUCUACUACUGCAAAUGGAACAUUAGUUGGAGAUAAUAUUUCUUCAUCUACUUCAACUGAUGAUUUUAUAACUUUUGAUCCUCAAAAAGGAAUAGAGCAUAAUAUUGUGGCAAUGGGAACUGUUUGUCCAAGUCCUUAUUUGCCUCCACAGCUUUUCAACACUUCAGUAAUGUUAACUUCCAAGAAUUUGCAAGUGCUUAGGAUACUUGUCAAUUUAACCAUUAAUAAUGGUUCACAAUUAUCUGAUUGUUGGGAAAUGGUUUUGACUACUUUGCAGCAUUUUGUUUGGAUAAUUGGCCUACGACCUUCUCCAACUGGCAGUUUCCGAACUGGGAUGAAUGAAUUGUCUAAUGUUUCACCAGUAGCAGACGCAAAUUCUAAUACUCUAUCAAGUACAACAACUACAAAUGCUAGUGCUGUUUCAGGCGUCUUGUGUUCUAAUACAGUAAUUCUGACAAAUAUGGCUAGCAGUGAAUUACCUGAUAUUAAUCAACAACUUGGAUCGCUCUUCGAAUCAACCUGUAAAUUGGAUGAAGUUUCUCUUCAUCACGUAAUUGCCGCGCUUUGCAAACUUUCAAAUGAAACUAUGACUGUAGCUCAACACAGUUUGAGGGAGACUUCUUUCUUCUCUUUUGCUAAAUUACAGCAAGCAGCUUUAGUUAAUCUUCCACGUUUACAUGUGUUUUGGCGUCCCGUUACUGCUCAUCUUUUGGAGUUAUGUUCUCAUUCAAAUAAUAAUAUACGCGAAUGGGGAUCUAUCUCUUUGACAAAACUUGUUGAAGAAGGAAUGAAACAAGUUGUUGGUGGAGUAAAUUCUGAGGGAGAUGAGGAGAUUACAAAAAAAGAGCAAUUGAUUCUUAGCCCUUUAUGUUCAAUGAAUGAAAUUAGCUUUUCUGAUGUAAGAGCUAAACAGUUAGAUUGUCUUAUGAAAAUCCUACAGGCAGACAACCGAACAUUAGAAACACCUCUUUGGCCUUUUAUUGUACAAAUUGUUCGUUCUAUUGUGGCAACCGAUGCACAAAUAGUUGAUCCUCAAUUAAUUGAUCAAGGCUUUCGUGCUCUUUCACUUAUGGUCAAAGAAUUUUUAUCUGUUUUACCUUUUGAAUGUGUGGAAAUGCUUGUUGAGACAAAUGCACUCUAUGGGCAACAACAAUUACAUUUGAAUGUUUCUCUAGCCUCUAUUGGACAACUGUGGGACAUUUCUGAUUUUGUCCGUCGCGAAACAAAUCAUGGAAAGAUUGCAGCGGAGGUGGAUCAACAACAAAUUUGGCUUUUAAUCUAUCAAGCUUUGGGUAAUUUGUGUUCUGAUCCUCGGCCACCAGUACGUAAAAGUGCCUGUGAUACAUUAUUGCAAACAGUUGCUGCCCAUGGACAAGCACUAAAUAUUAAAUGUUGGGAACAAAUGUUGACUGAAAUUCUUUUCCCAAUGCUUUGUCGUGUCCACCAAUGUGCACAGACAGCAUCUACACAACGCUCUAACACUACUAAUAGUCUUGGUGCCCCAAAUUUAAUGAUACAUCAUUCACGCGAUACUGAGUCCAAGCAAUGGGCAGAAACGAGUGUUAAAACACUUGGGGGUGUUGUAAAGAUUUUCAAUGCACAUCGCCCUUCACUGCUUCAAUUAGAAAAUUUCUCCGAUUGUUGGAGCCAAUUAUUAAGGCAUAUUGUUUUAUCAGCACGUACAGAUAGUGCAGAAAUAAGUCUUUCAGCAGUGAAGAAUUUUCAGGAGCUUCUUUUUGGAAGACAACAACAAACAAAUUCUGAAAGUUCUUCAAUACUCCAAAGUGGAAAUAAAUCACCCUCAACUCCAGGAGGUGGAAGUAUAAAAUCUAAACUACAACAAUACUCAUUAAUUGAUUCUCUUGAUCAUUCAUUGUCUCCUUCACUGCCCGAACCUCUUUGGAUGAGUGCUUGGAGUAAUUGGCUUCAAAUUGCGAGAUCAAUUCUAGCGCCUGAUUUUUGUGAAACUUCUGAUGAUGCUUUCCUUUCUUCUACUUGUGAUGUUGAUACUGGCUAUUCAAAAUCUGUUGUUUUGCCAACAACAAGAAAGUCUUAUGUGUCCAGUCUUUAUCAUUUGAGUACUUUACUCGAAACAUUCAUCUGGCUUUUUCACCGUGUUCGACAACAAGUCCCUGUUGAUGAUAUUCGCCUCCAAUGUCUUGGACAAAUUUUUAUUGAUUUAGCAUCAGUGCCUAUAUCUGCUGAUCAGAUUCCAAUUUCUACAUUAUUUGCUAAUACAAAAAAUGGUUCAGAACAACAAUUACCUUUAAAUAUGGCACAAGAAUAUCUUUUCAGUUGUACUCGUGCUAUACUUCAAGAACAAAUAGAUACAAAAAAUGGGCUCCGUGCUGCUUUGCCUGAUAUGCUGAGAUUAUUAAUUUUAUGGAUGCAAUUUUCUUGGAAAAAGCCGCAAAAUAAAUUUAUUUCUGAUAAAUCUUCAAAUUCAUCAGAAAUUGGAGAUAUUAAAAAUAAUUCUAAUUUAAUUACUUUUGGAGAAACUAGUAUGAAAAUGCUUUUAGAAUUUUAUUCAAAAACUGCAGCUUAUGAAGAAGUUAUUCAACAUACAAUUUUGGUUGAUAUUGUUAAAGCAUUGGGUGAACCAUUAGCUUUAAAAUAUUCUUGUCCUUCCCAAACUACUUGGCAAUUAGCGGCAGCUACAUUAAAUAAAGUUUGCCAAGUUGGUAUUCCAAUUGCCAGGGAAAAUGUAAAUUUAUUUAAACAAUUGUGGCCGUGUUUGGCAAAUGUUGUUGAGAAUUUUCUUUUCUCUACCUCAAAAUCUUCAAAACUUCUCAAUGCUGAUGAACGUAAGAGGCAUGAAUUUGUUGACUGCCUUUUAGUUGAACUUUUGCGUGCUGAAUUAUUACCUUUUGCAAAUAAAUUACCUAGAGAUUUUAUGAUUUCAAUUAUUGAUAUUCUUAAUCGUGGAUCUAUAAAUACAAUUGAUGCUAAUGAUGUUUUAGGUAUGUUUAUUUUAUUAUUAUUCUCCCAUUUUGCUUGAUCUUUUCUUUCAUUUCUUUUCAUUAAAUU